AAAGAAAAAGAAAAACAUGUUGCUCAUGUUGUGGAAGAACUCAAAUAUCAUCCAUCCAUCAUUGUAAGUCGUCACUUCCUUCUUUCUCUUUCUCUCUCUCCACUUUCUCACUCCUACUGCUCUGCUUCCAUGACUGCAACUUCUCUUCCACCGACACGUGUACGUGUGAGUCUUAUACCCUUUCUCUUCCCCUUCAUUUAACUCUUCAUGUUUUUCGAUUCUUUCAUCUAUCAUCUAAAUCACAACUUUUUCUUUUCCUAAUUCUCUCUCUUAAUCUCUUCUUUGUUCCAACAAAUCUCAUCACCAAAAACAUAGUUUAAGGUUAGUAGUUCUUUUUCUCUUGUUUUGUUUUUGUCGUACGAUGAAACAUUUGGUUUUCUUAAUAACCAAGGUUUUGUUUUUUUAAUCAAUCUCUCAAAAACAAGGUUUCAAACAAUCAAAUAUGUCACAAUUAUCACAACCCAACCGCAUGUUUUUGAACACCUCGUUCCUCUUGUUGCUUUCUGUUUUUCUUCUUGUUCACUUCCAAUCCUCGGAGCAUGUUUUUCUGAAAACCAAAACCAACAACAUCAAUAAAAACAAAAACUUUCUCUCUGGCACCAACGAUGAUGAGAGUUGCAAGAGUUUCCAUACCUUAACUGAUUAUAAAGCUAAGUGCUUUUACCUUAAAUCAAACGACCCAUGUGUCUCUCAAGGCUAUAUUGAUUAUCUCUACCUUUUCUAUUGCAAAUUCGGUGGAUUCCCUUUACUGGGUCACACUCUUUUGUUCCUUUGGUUAUUGGUCAUGUUCUAUCUUCUAGCUAACACAGCUUCUGAAUACUUUUGUCCUUCUCUUGAAAGCCUCUCCAAGCUUUUGAGGCUUUCACCAACAAUUGCUGGUGUCACUCUUCUCUCUUUUGGUAGUGGUGCUAAUGAUGUUUUUUCCACACUUGUUUCUUUCAAGAGUAAUGGAACACAGGAUAUUGGGUUCAAUGCUGUUCUUGGUGGUGCUUCCUUUAUUUCAUGUGUUGUGGUUGGAAUUGUGAGCAUUUCUGUUAGACAUAAAGGGAUUCAUGUUCAGAAAUCUGCUUUGAUAAGAGAUAUUUGUUUUCUUCUCUUUGUUAUUGUUUGCUUGUUCACUAUCUUCAUCAUUGGUGAGAUUAACCUUGUUGUGGGAAUUGGGUUUUGUUUGAUGUAUGUUGUGUAUGUGGUCAUUGUUUAUGUCACAAGUAAAAGAAAAGAUGUUUGUGAUGAAGAAGAUGGUGAAAGUGAAAGUGAUUCAAGACAUGGUAAAGGCAAUGAUUUAGGUGUUCCUCUACUUGGUUUUAUGGAGAAGGGAAUGAUCAAUGAAGCUCAAGAAUGUGAGUUUAAAAUUGAGAAGAAUUGUUGCUAUGAAAAAUCUUCAAUCAUUAGAAUUUUACUUUGUGUUUUGGAUAUGCCUCUUUACUUGCCAAGAAGAUUAACAAUUCCUGUUGUUUGUGAAGAGAAAUGGUCUAAACUAUAUGCAGUUUCAACAGCUAUGUUAUCACCACUUUUAUUAUCUUUCCUUUGGAAAAACAAUAUCUCAAACUCAUCAAACCUUCUAGUUUACGGAAUCGGAUUAUCGGUCGGUAUCACAUUAGCACUAACAGCGAUUUUCACAACGGAGUCAUCGAAUCCGCCGAAAAAGUACUUGUUACCAUGGCUAGCUGCAGGGUUUGUGAUGAGUGUGACAUGGAGUUACAUCUCAGCUCAAGAGUUAGUAGGAUUGUUAGUUUCAAUUGGUUACAUAUGUGGAGUUAGUCCUUCAAUACUUGGAUUAACAGUACUUGCUUGGGGAAAUUCAGUUGGUGAUUUGGUAACAAAUUUAACAAUGGCUUUAAGUGGUGGAUCAGAUGGAACACAAACAGCAAUUUCAGGUUGUUAUGCUGGUCCUAUAUUUAACACACUUGUUGGAUUGGGACUGUCUCUUGUGUCAUCAACUUGGCGUGACUAUCCUUCACCUGUUGUGAUUCCUAGAGAUCCUUACUUGUGGGAAACAUUGGGAUUUUUGGUGGUUGGAUUGAUUUGGGCACUUGUUGUUUUGGUUAGAAGAGAUAUGAAGCUUAAUGCAAUGUUGGGUGGAGGGCUUUUGGCUAUUUACUUUAGUUCUGUUAUUCUUAGGUUAAUACAAACACUUGGGCCUCUUCAAUUUAAGGAUAUGUUAGUGUGAGUCUUGAAAAAUAAUGAGAAUUAUAUAUUAGAAGCUGACAUUAGUUUUUGUAUAUGGAUUAUGUUUAUGUAAUUAUAUGAUAGGUUUGGAGUAUACAAAAAUAACUUCCACUUCAAUAUGUACAUAGCUUUUGUUAGUUAACUAUUGAAUAAUAUACAUAUAUUGAAAAACUUAA